AUGGCGGCCGCAACGAUGUCUUGGGACGAUGGGAAGCACAUGAAGGUGAAGAAAGUGCAGAUUACAUAUGAAGAUGUCAUCAACUCCAUAGAAGCUGAGUAUGACGGCGACCAAAAUCCCCACCGUCAUGGCACUCCUGGCAAGAAAUCUGACGGCGUGAGCUUGAGCCCAGACGAGUACAUAACAGAUGUUACUGGCUACUACAGAACUACGGGUGCUGAAGAUGCUAUAGCAGCAUUGGCUUUUAAGACCAACAAAACCGAAUAUGGUCCUUAUGGAAACAAAACUAGGAACCAGUUCUCCAUUCAUGCACCCAAAGAUAACCAGAUCGCUGGUUUUCAAGGAAUUAGUAGCAAUGUUCUCAACUCCAUUGAUGUCCACUUCGCUCCUUUACCUUCCUCCUCUUCUGCUUCCUCGACCCCAUCAUCGGGUUUGAGUCAAGCCAACAAAGUGGAAGCUCAAGGUGGGAAAGGAGGAACAUCAUGGGACGAUGGUGCUCAUGAGGAUGUAAGAAGAGUGUUCGUUGGACAAGGUGAAUCAGGUGUCACUUAUGUCAAGUUUGAGUACGAGAAGAACGGUAACAAGGAAUCACGCGAACAUGGAAAGAAGAGCUUGCUAGGAGCAGAAGUGUUUGAGGUUGAUCCAGAAGACUACAUCACAUCAGUGGAGGUGCAAUCCGACAGGAUCUUUGGGCAUGACACGGAGGUUAUUACAUGUUUAAUCUUCAAAACAUCUAAGGGAAAAACCUCACCGCCCUUUGGAAUCGAGGGUCAACAGAAAUAUGAACUCAAGGACAAGAAUGGUGGCAAACUUGUUGGAUUCCAUGGACGAGUAGGCGAGCUUCUUCAUGCUCUUGGAGCUUAUUUCGCUCCUUCGUCGAGUACUUCUUCGUCCGGUGGUGGUAGUACUCCUUCCACCAAUCAGCCAGCUGGAUCAGCUGGUUCCAAGAAACUAGAAGCAAAAGGUGGUAACGCGGGAAAUCCAUGGGACGAUGGUCCUCAUGAUGGUGUCAAGAAAGUAUACGUAGGUCAAGGUGAAUCCGGUGUUUCAUACGUCAAGUUCAUUUACGAGAAGGACUCUAACGAGGUCCCCGGAAAUGAUCAUGGGAAAAAGACACUACUUGCACCUGAAGAGUUUGUGCUUGAAUAUCCGAACGAAUAUAUCACGUCAGUGGAGAUUAACUACGACAGAAUAUUUGGAAGUGAAGCCGAAGUUAUAACAAUGCUUAGGUUCACAACGAACAAGCGAACUUCUCCACCUUUUGGACUUGAAGGCGCUAAAAGCGUCCUACUCAAACAAGAUGGCCACAAGAUCGUUGGGUUCCAUGGCAAAGCUGGUUCGGACAUAAUGCACCAAGUUGGAGUCUAUGUCAAGCCCAUUUCCAAGUGA